AAAAACAGUGAUAAUAUAAUUACAACAAUAAUAAUAUUGUGUGCACCCGUGUGCUGGCGUACCUACAUGGAAUCAAAAGAGCCAAUAAUGUACCUACCUAUACUUGAUAGAGGCAGGUACCUAUAAUAAUAUCUGCAGCGGUCCCUCUCUCCCGGCCAUUUGACGAAGGUCAAAAUGCAUUGGCAUGCAUUGCCACCGCGACGUGUGACCGCAGUUCGAAAUUUCGUCGUCAACACCGGAUUCAGUCGGUCGGCUAAAGGUUCAAUGAAAACUCCUCCGACAUUCGCCGUUCGCUCCGAUCCACAUUAUCGCUGCAAUAGCCGUAUCGUUGCCGCCGCGUCCGAAUUUCACGUCGCUAGCACACUACCUCUACAACAGCAGGAAACGCUCUAUCGCAAUCGAUCCGACGACUCUCCUCAGCACGUGUCCCGCCGCUGUGCCAGUCCGCGAUAACCACAUCACGAUACAUAAUCGAUAUCGAGAUAGCUGUUGAAUGUCAUAAUAUAUUUUCGAUACGUAUAUAACAUUAACAUAAAUAUCGCGCACAUAAUAUGACAUCACGACAGUUGUAAUAAUCGCCCGACAAGAUUUUCGUUUUCGUUUCCGUCGUCCGUCCCGCCGCCGCUUGCAAUCUUUCUCUUCGGUCGAGUUUUUUUUCCGCGGUUUUCUCGCAGUUUCAAUCCGUCGACCUGUCGUUGUUUCACUUUCGACACGAAUUCAUCGCCCGUAAUACGCGACGUCAUUACCCGAUACCGGUAACGCGGUGUAAUAAUAUCAAUAAAAUUACAUAUUAUUAUUAUAAUAAGUAACGACGGUGCCUGCUCGCGUAAUAGGCAGCUGGUCUAUCCGUCGUGGCCGACGGCGGUCGUGUGUCCGCAUAACAUACCAAUCGCCGACCGGAAGUCCAACCGAUCGCGUUUGUCCGACUCGGCGAAAACUCGUACGACACAUUGUCGGGUACACAACCUGUGUUGUACACGCUGAACGAAAAAGAAAAUCGUCAGCGCCGAUCGCUGUCCGUCUGAAAAUCGGAUUCGCGCCGUCUGACGUUUGCGCGCGCAAAUGAAAUGCAACAAAUUAUAUUUGGAAACGCUAGGUACGGUCUAUGCGGCUUUGGUCUUCUCAUCAUUUCGUACGCACUAUUUUUCUUCAACCCGGUGGAAAUCAUCAAAUCAGCGAAAUUGAAAUUUGUCGAAGGAUCGUACGCGUUUCAGCUGUGGCAAAAACCUCCGGUUAAAGUUUACGUCAACGUGUACAUAUUUAACGUGACUAACGCCGAUAGAUUUUUGGCGGGCGAAGACGAAAAAUUGGAUGUAAAAGAAGUAGGCCCAUAUGUUUAUUGGGAGGAGUUGGAAAACACGAACACAACGUUUCAGAGCAAUGACACUGUAACAUACAUCCCGAGGAGGAAACUACACUUCGAUCUCAAUUUGUCCGUCGGAGAUCCCGAAGUGGAUCACAUCGUCGUUCCUAAUAUCCCCUUAUUGGGAUUCAGUUCGAUGCUCCGGAGUUCGCCGAUGUUUGUAAAUGUCGUGUUCAAUUCGUUGGUCGAAUAUCAGGAUUCACAGCCGAUACUUGAUCUGUCGGUAAAGGAAUUCCUAUGGGGAUACGAAGACAGGUUAGUGAAGAUGGCUAGCAGUGUGCUGCCCACGUGGAUCGACUUUUCCAAAUUCGGGCUUCUCGAUCGGAUGUUAGACGAAGGAACCAAUGUCGUCACAAUGAAUGUGCCAUCGGAACGACAAACAAGACGUCCCUAUACAAUAGAUAAUUUUAAUGGAUCACCGAUCUUACGCCAAUGGGCCAAUACAGAUGAACCUAAUGAGUUGAAUAAAUGUUCAUUGAAUGCAUCAUCGGAGGGAUUACUGUUCCCCAGACACUUAACCAAAGACAUGAAUUUUCCAAUUUACCGAAAAGCCUUUUGCAGGACAUUGCCGUUGACUUAUAGCUCUACCAGUGAUAUGCCCAUUGGGUACCCCUCUGUUUAUCUAUACAAAUUCUUGCCAGACGUCUUUAAUUCUUCUCUAGACGAUAAUAAAUGUUAUUGCCCGCGAGACGGGUGCUUGCCCGCCGGACUGUCAGACAUAUCGCCGUGCUACUACAAUAUACCGGUGGCAGUGUCGUUUCCACAUUUUUACGGCGGCGAUCCGGCGUUGGUGGACAAUGUCAAUGGAAUUGCUCCCAACAUGGAAAAACAUCAAUCGGUAGUUGCCGUACAACCGGAUCUUGGUAUACCCUUGGCCGUGGACAUCAAAAUCCAGUUGAAUCUGAUCAUAAAGGCUACGAGGUACGUGAGCCGCGCCAAGAAGUUCAACGGAUUGACGUUGCCAAUAUGCUGGUUGCACUUGGAAGUGAAGAGCCUGCCGAGUUCGCUGAACGCGCUGCUCUACCUGUGCUUCAACGUCGGACCGGUGUUGGUCAAGGCGGUGGUAGCCCUCACUGCCUCAGUUGGCUUUUUCCUGGUCGGCCUGUCCAUCAAACGGUUCGGCCGAGAUCAGCAGAAACAACAGCAUUCCGUCAACGGGUCGGCGGCCGGCGACCACGAGGACGGCCGUGGUAGAGGGUACGAAGACGACGACCACGACGACGACAACGGUCGCGGGGACGACUACGAAGACGACGGCGGUGGCGCGGAGUCGGGUGGGCUGAUCGUCAAGCGUGGGCCCGCGGCCGGACGGUACCGCGACAAGUCGUACUUGCCGUUGCACCACGUCACCGUUCCGGGGUCGUCGUCGGUCAUCGUCGAUUACGACCACUCGCAGGACUACGCGAGAGGACGAUGACGAUGAGGAGACUAUCUACCUAUUUAUAUAUUAUUUUAAAAUAUUUUGUUAUUAUUAUAAUAUCGUCAUAAUCGUUAUUAUUGCCUUCAUACACCUAUUAUAUAAUUAUUGUAUACACGCCGAUGUCGCGUGAUUUAAACGUUACUUAUUCAUUAUUAUUGUCAUAUACCAUAUUAUAUUAUACCAUGUACACGCCACGGGUGCCAGGUUAGGUCAGGUUGCCUAGCCUAACCCGACCUAUAACCUAUACUAUAUAUAUAUAUAUAUAUAUAUAUUAUGCGAUUUGUGGAGAUUAGCGUAGGUACAUAUACGAGUAAUAUAUCGUCCCCGCGAUUAAAUUGUAUCGAGCGCCAGGUUACCACUUCUGCCUACCAUAUAUUUUAUACCUACAUCGUACACACUUCGGUUAGUUCGAUUUCGUACACCGUCAGUGAGAAAGCUGUAAAUCUAGAAUGAUGGUAGAAAAAAUUAUGCACGGGUAGGCUGUAUGGAUGGGUGUGAGGUUGCAUGUGUGGCGCACGACGUUUAUUCGUAAUAUAUUUGAAAAUCUUCUGUCCCGGUCAUUUUGGGUGGACGGUUAGGGUUGUGGAAGGUGUGGUCAAAAGCGCAUAAUUGUAUGCAAUCUAUAUGCAUAGGGAUUCAGGUUUUGGGAAUUUUUUUUGAAAUUGUCCACACAUCACAUUAUUAUGAAUUUUACAUGAUUUAAUUUCUAUGACGUCACCAUCUAAGUGGUUUCCGUCCUUCACACAUAGAAUUAUUUCUGGCAUUAUGGAUCGGUUAUUGUUUUUUUUCACUAUAUUUUCGAUGAAACCCAAUAACGUAUGUUAUGUUCUUCCACUUAUAUUUCGACUAUAUUUCUACUUAUGUUACCGCCUACUGAAGUAGGACCAAGAUAGAAAAAGUCAAUAGCACCGCAAUUAUUAUUAACACACAACCACUACACAAGUGAAUAUAAUACGUUGCUUAAUGAGACCUCUAGUGCAAAAACCGUAACACAAUGUAAUAUUAUAUACGCGACUACGUGACCCUUACGUUAGUUACCAUAAAUACAUAUUAUCGGAGAAUUUCAACUCGUUCCCAAGUCCAAGCCCUGGCCGUCUAACACACGGUCCGACGUAUCAAUAUCUUUAUUAUCAGGGAAAUUAAUUUCCUUGUAUAUACUACGUUCACAUAAACUCAAACUCAUGAAAACGCCCUCCAUUCUGUUCGGAUCGGUCGUGCCAGGGCAAAAGCGGUGAAAUCGUUAUGUGCCGUGAAAAAAAUUCGGCAGAGCAGUUGUAGUGCAUCAUAAUAAUAAUAUAAUACAUCGGUAGGUAGGUGGGUACUGCUCCUGAUACGCCCAGUUUCGACAUCAGAUUUUAUGACCGUAUAUAUGAUAUAUAUGUCGCAAGUUCCCCGAGGAGAUUACGAUUAAAGGGGGCGCGGAAAUAACCUGCGUUGACACUGCCGUCACGUCGCCCCUAUAAUAUAUAUAUAUAUAUAUUAUAUAUACGCGUUAUUUUUUAUUUUUGGACUUCUUCGACGAUCGAAUCCACCCGAAAAUGCUGAAAUAAUUCGUUUCUGGGUACAAUAUAUACAACAUAAAUUCAACGGAAUCACCACCUCCAACGCAUACUAUAUAUAUAUAUAUAUAUAUAUAUAUAUGAAAGAUAGAAGUUAUAAUCGUAAAAAAAAACUGUUGAUACACAUUAUAAUAAUGUUUAAUAUUAUACCUACUACUUACUUUGUUGGAAAACGUUUUCAGUUUUCACGUGAAAGAUUUAUCUAAAACCUUUGGAACAUCACCUCCAUACAUAUUAUAAUACGCUAUCGCCGUUCUAUAAGUGGUUGAAAAAAUAUUACGUUUCCACUCGCUUGCCUUAUUACACACAAUUCGUGAUUUUUACUUGUUUAAGAUGUGUACCUACUUAUCAUAAAUCGAAAUACAUUUCUGUGUCAACUGCAGUAAUAAUAAUUAACGUGCAGUGUAUUUAAGUUGUACGAAAUAUUUGUUAUGAAUAUAUAUAAUUAGUUGUUUUGUACAUAAAAAAAUAUGUUUUAUUUGUAUAUAUAUAUAUUGUAUGAUAUAUUUUUAUUAUAUUCAUUAAAAAUAAAAACAAUUGAAAUAAUUAUGCUGAUUAAGCAAUAAUAA